UCUAAAUGGAGCAGACAAGUGAAAGAAAAAUUUAAAACAACUCCAUUUUAGAUACCAUUACAAUUCUGAGCGAGAACCCCUCCCGAGAAGAAGAGAAAAAAACUUCGUCAAACCAACCAAUCUGAAGGAGACGAGUUACCCUCCACCCCUAGGCAAUCGAGAAGGGCGGGAGAAGUCCCUCACCCCACCCCCAUCCCACCAAGACUUCCUGCUUCCCCGGCUGCACAGUAUACACUAGCCGAUCCCCCUAAGUUUUCCUUCCCGCGCACCGUAGGAAUUAGCCAAUCCCCUUAAGCUUCCCUUCCCGCCGUCCCUGCUAGACAGGAUAAAAGAGACUCGCCACUUUCUCUCGGGGCUCCUUCACCAUUGUGUGAAGAGGGUCCCUGCUCCAGCUUGUAAUACAGUUCCUCACUGCUUUUGCAUCCAUGCGCGGCUCCUGUCGUGUUUGGAGGAAUUCCGCAAUCCGGGUACAAUAGAGCACCAGGAUGUGAUUAGCAUUAUCAGCAGUUGCAGGUUAAACAGCUGCAUGGAUGACUUUGAAUGUAUUUUCUCAAGAUGCAGAUGUGAGUUUGGGAUGUAACAUCCCCAGAGAAGACGCAGAGCAGGAGGAAGAAGAGGAGGAAAUGGCAGCUUCUCAGGGGCUGCUGACAUUCCAGGAUGUGACCAUAGAUUUCACGCAAGAGGAGUGGGAAUGCCUGGACCUCGGUCAGCGGGAAUUGUACAGGGACGUGAUGUUAGAGAACUACGGGAAUCUGGCCUGCUUGGGUCUUGUGGUCUCUAAGCCGGACCUGGUCACAUUUCUGGAGCAAAUGAAGGAUCCCUGGGAUGUAAGGAGAAUGGAGAUAGCCAUACACCCAGCUGUGUCUUCUCACGACACCCAGGGUUUGAGGACCCAAAAGCCAGGCUUAGAAGAUUUACUCCCAACAGCAAAGCUAGGAAUAUAUGAAAGAUUUCACCUUGCAAAUUUACAUUUAACCAACGACUGGGAAUCUAUGAGGGCAUAUAAAGAGCGGAGAGCAUGUUAUGAUGGACACAACCAAGUUGGUUCUGUUUCCCAUAAAGUAAACAUUCCCAUCAAAAGAAAUCAAGGAUGUGAAUUAAAUAAGGAAAAACCAAUUGCAGAUGACGAAUUUCAAUCAUUAACAUUUGCAGAUAAGUCAAAUUCAUACUAG